CAGUGAGCGACCCUAAAAAUCCAAGCAGACCGCCGAAAGCUUGUGCUUAUGAAGUUUGUUCAGGCCUCUCCAGAGGAGGGCUUCGCGCGCACACACUAUGUGCAGCUGUACAAGGGCAUGCGUAUCGGCAUUGUCAGCACUACCAUCAUGGUCCUUCUGAGUCUGGCUGUCCAUCGUUCCUGGGACGAGGCCCAGCACGAGGCACAGGAGGCUCGGAAUCUAAGCAGAUGGCAGUCUCUGGUCCAUUGUGUUGCUCUCGGUUGGGUGCUCGUUACUUUCCUUUUUUGGAGACUGUUCGCCAAGCGCAUUGUUGUGAGCACCCUGGUUAUGGAGGUCGCUGUUGUGACUGCAGUCGCAGUUAAUAUGUUCUUCUUCGCGUUCGUUCCGAAACACUACAUGGCGCGAAUCUUCGGUCAUGACGACACGGAGGAAAUAUGGGACGUGGAACUGGGCGCCACCGACUGCAACCUCAUACUGAUCAUCGACUUGGCCCACACCUUUGUGCACCUGCUGAUGCCCAUCCGCUGGUUGGUCCUCGUCCCAUUGGAGGUGGCCGCCGUCCUGGCCUACAUCGCGCCAGCACUACUCCUCGGCAGUCCGGCCAUGAACCAGGUCCCCUUCAACGUCAUCGGCAUCGUCUCCCUCGUGGUCGUCUCGGCCAUCGGGAAGCGGGCCGUCGAGCGGCAGGAGCGCCUCAUGUUCGCCGGCCUCCUGUCGGAGAAGCAGCUGCGGUUUCAGGCGGAGUUCCAGCUGUGCAACAGCGCCGCGGCCGCGGGCGGCGGGCAGGAGGAGGUCCAGCAGCGGUGCGGCUCCGAGCGAUCCUCCGGGCUGACGCGCCCAGAGACGACGCGGAGCGCGGCGGCCUUCGAGAGCGGCGCCGAGCUCUCGGCGCUGGACAAGAUCUGUGCGAUCGGGGUGGCGGAGCAGUGGCUCAUCGGCAGCGGGGAGGUGGAGUUGACCGACAGGGUCCUCGGCAGCGGCGGCUUCGGCGUCGUCGUGAUGGGGCUGUACUACAACACCCUGGUGGCGGUGAAGGCGCCGAGGGAGGACCUCGCGCGGCUCGGCGUCGUGGGCUCGUCCCUGCCCAAGCUCUGCAACGAGCUGAGGAUCCUUCGGCGCAUCCGCCACCCCAACAUCGCGUUCUUGUAUGGGGCGUGCAUGGACACCGCCCUGCGCAAGUUGUGCCUGGUGCUCGAGUUCGUGGACGGCGUGGUCCUCGGCGCGUUCAUCCGCGGCCCACGGUCCACCGCGAAGCCGCGCCCUGCGGCCUCCAGAAGCGCGUCUGCGCGGUCUUUGCUCGUCUUCGACAUCCUGAGCGCGCUGCGCUACCUGCACUCGAGGCAACCCGUCGUGGUCCACGGUGACCUGAAGGAUUCGAAUGUCAUCGUGGAGGAGCGGUGCAGCAGGGAUGGGAGGAGCUCCUACCGCGCCAAGCUCCUCGACUUCGGCCUCUCGCGGAUACUCACCCGCAGCGCCAAGCCCCUGGGCGGCACCCUGCGGUGGAUGGCGCCCGAGCUGCUCUCGCGCCAGACCAUCCCCCCCGACGCAGCCGCCGACUGCUACUCGUUCGGGCUGGUGACGUACUUCAUCGUGACCAGCUGCCUGCCCUUCGAGGGCCAGCACGCCGUGCAGGUGGAGAGGCAGCUGAGGCGCGGGCAGCCGCCCAGCCUGGCGUGGCCCGCGCCCGUCGACACGCUCUCGCGGGCCUGCCGGUCGGUGGUCGAGCAGUGCACCCAGGCGGUGCCCGUGCUGCGCCCGUCGGCGCAGCAGGUGAGCGGCGAGCUUUGCGCCAUGCUGCCCCCCUUCGUCGGCGGAGCGGCGGCGGCAGAGGCCACCUGCGCCGGAAGGUCGGGCGGUGGAGGCACGAGGCCGCCUCCCAGCACCAGCGGGGCCACCACACCGGACGCCUCGGCCAAGAAGACCCUGCAGCAGCUCAAAGGCGCAGUGGAGGCGAGGCAGGCCAUGGGCGCCAGCGACAUCGACUCGCUCACGUCUGACAUCAGCCCUGGGAGCCUGCCACCCGUGAGGGAGGACGCGGUGAUGCUGCCGGGGGAGACCGCUGACAACUCCGCGGAGCCGCCACCCGAGGACCCCGCGGGCGCGCAGGUACAACUGGCCUUCCCAGAGUACAGGCCGACGCCGCUGAGCACGCAGACCCUCACCCUGGUGCUCCUGAUGUCCCAGUGGAACGUGCCAAUGCCGAAGGGGGCCUGCUGCUGGCUGCACAAUGCCCUGCGCUCGCUGGACAGGGUGAGGGACGUCAUCGGCCAGAGGCCGUGCGCUCGGCCGCUGGGAACGAUGAUCUGCGCUCAGUGCGGCGACUGCGGGCUGCUGUCGGUGGACGGCAGAUCGUCCUGCGACUUCUGCGACUGCCCAGGUUCCUCGGGCGUCGUGACCAGCGCCUUUAGCUCGGAGGACGCGCUCGCUGUCUGAGCCGGCCUCGCCGAGCGGCCAGAUGGAGAUCGAAUUCGGUUUUUGAUCAGGACUCGCUGUCGGUCUCGUCGCCGCCGUGCUCCGCUCCAGACAAAAAGCAUCCUGCCCAACUGUGGUCGCCGUCGGGCCAGCGCUGCCCGCCAGGGUAUGAAUGAUGGGCACUAUGACCAGUCCAGGCGGUCUCGGCAGCACUGCGGUCCCGGUCUGUUCGCCGACGGUGAGCGUUUUCGCGACCCGAUCUGCGCUGGAGGCUGGUCUGGAGACCGCCUCUGCUUUAAAUUAGUUGCGAACUUGUUACACUUGCGCGGUACCUUCAUGGCUGAGCUCAGCUCGCCCACAGGAUCUAAUUGACACGGGCAUUGUUGCAUUUCUGGCCUCGGCUGAUGACAUGUUGCAUUGGCCGAUUCCUUGGCCAUUUGAUGCCGAGGGUGGUUGCAAUCGAAUAAUUCGUGAGAUGUCCUUUUCCUCUCUCCUUCCUACUUUCCUUCAGCCACUGUGUGUGACGUUUGUUAUUCGCCUGACUUGUGCAAAUGCGGAAGUCCAGGCCUGGAUUCAUGGUGGUGGUGGUGCAUCGCCCAGGGUUUUCGGAUUGCCUGGCCUGUUGCAAACACAUCCCAUCCGUUCUUUUUGUUGCCGCUUCGGUCUGCCCCCAGACUCCCACCCGGAGGACUACCCCGCGGACUUGGGGUAGGUCUGCACUCUGCGCUGUCCUCAGUCUCGCUCCAGCUUCCGCUGCUGCUUCUGCUCGCGCUGCUUUGCCAGCGCCGCUGUCGUCGAUCCAGGGUUCCAAGAGGCCACAAGAGAGCCCACGUGCUCGCCAAUGAUAUGAAGAGCACCAGGUCUCAAUACACAUUGCUUGCUUAACUUGCUGCGAUGUUCAAUGAAUUGAUCGUAAUGCAUGAGCGUUGCGCGACCGCGACGCACCAUCUCCGUGCGUGAAGUAGUGUGCGUGCGCGGCCGGUCCACCUGUGCUCUGAGGCUGGACCUUGGCCUCGAGGCGGACAGGAUCAGAAUCAAUACCUCUCUCCUUCUCCCUUCAUCCUGCCCCCUCCACGACUGUGAACGCUGCUGUAUCUCCCAGAAGCCGUGGCCAGGGGGAUGGAUGCUGGCGGAGAGGGGGCUGGGUUCGGGAGGAAGACCGGACACUUUCGUGCACGGCGGCCUGCCGCUGCACAUGUUCCAAUUAUCCGAGACGAGGGCUGGUCUUUUUUUGUGCAAGAGCAGCCUAGCCUGUCGUUGCCGGCCAAGGGAAUUCGGCAAACGACUGGUUUCCGCUGCCAUCCACAGGACUGCAUUCAGCAGUGCCACGCCCUGGAGAAACAAUGUGUGGCGCAUUCCAUGUUAGCGCGAGCUAUGUGGUGCAAGCUAAGCCGUGGAAGCUAUAUACUACGUGCUGUAAUACAAGUCGUGCAGUACAGCGCAUCCCCUGCGGUACAGAGCAUUCACCACUUGGGUUCUCCGUUUUGAAAGAGUGGACCCUCUGCAGAUGUUGGGG